CAACUGGCAGACCGGUGCGCCCGCGCAGCGCCUUCCGCCCGCGCCGCCCGCGCGCUCCGCCGCCAUACCUAGUCCGCGGGCCGCGCCGGACGGACGUAUGCGGUAGCUCGGGGUCCAAGCUCUGCAGUAUUGCACUUUGUGAACCAUCACCUGUCGCCCGCGACACUCCUUCCACCCAGUGCUCCCGACUGAAUUACCUUUACAGUGUAAAACGUACAGAUUUCUCUCACAAAAACCAGUGAGCGGGGAAGGCUACAUUCCAAACCGGUGUCGUUCUUUAAUGGACGAAGUGUGUUACUACUGUGUGUGUGUGUUGUUACUUAGAAGUGACUGGUUUAGUGGCUUAAUGUAGCCCCGCUCUGCGAACUAGAUAAAUAAACAAAUAAACUGUGCUUGCGCCACGCGGUCGGGCCAUAAUGUAAAGUUUUCCGAACUUAAAGCUGUUCAGAGAUAAAGCUAACAUGGCUCGCGGCGCGUUGAGUGAGAACGAACGCCCCUGCUUGGACGCGGGCGCUAAACUACAAGAGCGAUUGCAGGAGACAGAGACCAGCAAGUCUAACGGACUGAGGGUCCGCUUUCUCGACGAGGAGGGGAAGACCGAGAGGACGGUCAGCGCCGACGUCGUCGACUGCGCCGUCUCGAGAGUCAAAAAGAUACACAUUUUAAAGAACAGAAGCUCUAGCGAAACUAGCAUACUCCUCAGAAACCCGUCUCUCAUAAAGAGGCCGCUGAGCUCCGAGCGCCGAUACAGCGACGGACACACCGACUCUUUGAACAACAACUCCCUCAGAGAGAAUCUCAAUGGAAAACAUAUCGAUCAAAGUAGCUCCGAAAAGGAUGAUCGAGAAGCGGACCAAACCAAAGACAGCCAGAGCUUUAAGAAGAACUGCAACGUGUACAGCGUGAACCAGGCGAAGACUUUGACUCCGGAGAGGAAGAAAUCUCAUCAACUGACGAUUCCGAGAUUGAUCGCGCACAAGGAACACGACCAUGUAAAGUCCACUCUACCGGCGGAGGUCUGUCUAGCUGAUGGUGCUUCUGGGAAGGACUUCACGGCGCGUGCGAUCGGAAGACUUUCGCGGGGAAUAGGACGCCUCCUUCGUCGUACGAACAGCGUGCGAAUCAGCGAACCAGACCCGAUGUACAAAGUGGCGUACCUCGGCAACGUCCUCACCGGCUGGGCUAGAGGUGAAAGCUGCAUAGAGAAACCGCUCGCGACGCUGUGGAGGAACUACCAGCAGUCCACGAAGCCCGACGUGGUGAUGAAGCUGUCCGUCACCAACUCCGGCCUCAAGGGCUUCACCAAAGAACACGGCCUCACCGAGUACUGGUCCCACCGCAUCACGUACUGCGCCAGCCCGCCGCACUACCCCAAGCUGUUCUGCUGGGUGUACCGCCACGAGGGCAAGAAGCUCAAACACGAACUGCGCUGCCACGCCGUUCUCUGCACCAAAGAAUCCGUAUCAAAGAAAAUAACCGAGGAACUACAGAUCAAACUCAAACAGGCGCUAGUCGAAUUCAAAAAGGACAGAAUCUCCAAACAGAACGCGCGGCUCAGCCUCGCCAACAGCGUGUACGACAACCCGAGCAUGCCUCGCAGGAAGAUCCUGCUGAGCGUGGGCGCCAUGAACUACAGACCGCCGCUGGAGCGGUCCAAGUCCGCUCCUAAACUCGGUGCCAUUGAGGAACUCUGCUCGGAAGAAGACGAAGAAGAAGCGGAACUGAACGCGAAGAAGGAGCACUGUCAGCUCACAGGCCUGUCCACGACGCAAACUCUGGACAGGCGGCGAGCUGAAAUGUUGUCACCUCGCAAGCUGUCGUGUCCCGAGGGAGUGAUGGACCGGAUGCUCCUGCAGACCGAGAAGACCAAGGCGGAAGCGACUGAAAAUCUAUUAAACUUGCUCGCACAAGAGAGCAAAUUACAGGCGGAUAUAGAACGCCGACAUAAAACUAGUCAAGAUGAUACCGAAAAACAGGAAUCGAGGUUAAAAACGUUGGAGUCGAUCGAGGAGACCGACGUACUGAACGACAGUCUGAUCGUGAUAAGCGACGACAGGAAGAAUCUGCUGCUAUCUCAAAGUAACUACCUCGUCACGGAUAGCGACGAUGGGUCAGUUUCUUCGGGCUGCGAGACGGCGAGCACGGUCACCUCGUCCGACGCCGAGCCGUCGUCGCUUCCUUCGCAGUUCUCUCACGAGGAGAUGCACAAGGAGCUGGACAGCGACGAGGAGCGGCUGCCCGUCUUCGGCAGGAUGCGCACCUUCGAAAGCGCAUCGCUCAGAAACGGUAGUAGGUGUUACACGAACUCCAUCCACAGCCUCAGCGCCAGCGACGCGAGUGGUGCGGCGUCUUCGGACGAAGUCCUCCACGUGCCGAUCGGCGAGAAGAACGCCUUCCGCCGCCGGUGCACGUACCCCCCGCUGCGGGGCGACUCCGGCAUCCUGGAGAGCAAGUUCGAGAGUCUCAUCGACAACUUGACCGACGUGGACAGCUUGACGUCCAGCGCCGAAAACGAGGUGUUCAAGAACACCGGUGACAAUGACAGCGCGUGCAGCGACGAAUCUGGUUAUUCCGAACUGCUCGAUGGCAAGGAAAGUAUUAUCGGCAAUACCAUUAUGGUCUAACCGAUGGUGAGAAAGAGCCACAGCAAUGCACGGUACCGCUAACUUUUAUUUAGGAUUACCUUGAGAGCCUUUUCACACGACUAUAUUUUCUCGCGCAAUCUAUAAAUAACAUUAUAUUUGCAUAAUUAUUAAUUUUUUUAUGGCUAACCUAAGUAACACCAAUAAAAAAGUAAUAUAUGUAUAUAUAUACAUAUAACACCAAUAUAAAAGUAAUAAUAUGGCAAUGCUAUUGAGGUAAUGCCAUAACUCAUAUUAGAGUUAUGGCAUUACCUCAAUAGCAUUGCCAUAUUAUAACAAAGAGUUUUACAAACUGUACUAGGACAUGUAAUGAUAAUGAUCUGGUUUAUCAAUAUAGUCACAAUAAUUGGCACACCACGCAAGGUGCAGGACUACAUCACAUUAAUUUUGUUCUGUGUCUGUCAGUCAGACAUACCUCUGUUAUUAUUAAAAUAAUAAUAUUAAUGAUUUUCAUUGUGCAAAUUAUAUUAUAAAAGUAAACACGAAAUAAAUAUUUUAAGGAGAUUAUAAAAUUCUAUUUUAUUGUAAAAACCAAGAAGUAAUAUUUUAUAAUUUAGAAAAUUCUCGUUGUGUAAAUGUGGUUGCGUUGAAAGGCUUGCCUACCUACUUCUUUAUUACUAGAUUUAAAUGUAAAUAACAGGGUACAUAAUGUACUUUAUCCAGUUGACAUACUGUGUUUAGAUGAAUCUAUAUGUAUAUAUUGUAAUAUAGUUUGUAAAAUUUGAUUUUACGAAUAUUAAAUAUAGAUAAUUAAUAAUUAUUAUUAUAGAUAAAAAGAUUUUUGGAGAUUUUUAUUACUUGCGUUGGAACUUUAUCUCGAAUGACCGUUUUGUUAAAUAAUUAAUUAUUUAUCGCUUGUAUUAUUACUAGUUAGUUAUUGUAAAGUUUAGAUGCAAUUUUUGAUGUUUAUCGGGUCAAUAUGAAUCUGUUAUAUCAUAAAUAUUCUACUCGAGGUCUAGAGGUACUUACACAUUCCACUUUACAUUAUACACCGUUUGUUAUGUUGGGUCAACCACGUCUGUAGGGAGGAACAUUAACAGAUAAUAAAUGUAAGAAAAAUAUUU